AUGGGGGUCGAACUGGCCCCGGUAGAAGCCAUGCUAGACGAGAUCCACACAAGCCUUCCGACGCGUCGCAGGCUGAAUGCAUACACCUUAGGGCGCAUUGGCAGCCACAACAUCGUGGUAGCGGCGAUGGCACAAAUUGGGAAUAACGCAGCGGCGAUGGUGGCGACCCAGCUUCUGAAUGACUUUCCUUCGAUCCGAUUUGCACUACUUGUCGGUAUCGGAGGGGGACUACCGAGCCAGGACGGUGAGGAUGGUGAAAAUGAUGUGCGCCUGGGGGAUGUCGUGGUCAGCCAACCAACCGGGACAUUUAGUGGGGUCGUGCAGUACGACCUUGGAAAAGUGACGAUCGACGGUAGGUUUGAGCGGACGGGGUCGCUGGGGAAACCUCCAGCAGUGUUGAGCGCCAACGUUGAGCGACUAAAGGCGAAACAUCGUCGUGAAGGUAGUCGCAUCCCUGAGCUCUUGUCACAAGUGUUCGAUAAGUAUCCUCGGCUGGGGAUUGAUUAUGCUUAUCCCGGCGCUGCUCAGGAUCAGCUGUUUAAGGCUACUUACGCUCACCAGUAUGGGCCAACAUGUCGGCACUGCGACCCAUCACAGUUGGCGUCUCGCUCCGAACGUAUUGACAAGGCACCUCUGAUUCAUUAUGGCACGAUUGGUUCAGCGAACGCAGUGAUUAAAGACGCCGCAACCCGAGACAGGUUGAAGCAAGACGUACCCAUCAUUUGUGUGGAGAUGGAGGCGGCCGGUUUAAUGGACACAUUUCCCUGUUUGGUGGUCCGAGGAAUCUGUGACUACGCCGACUCGCACAAGAAUAACAGGUGGCAGCCAUACGCAGCGGCUGUGGCGGCCGCAUACAUGAAGGAGUUGCUGUCGAUCAUCCCAGCACAAGACCUGCUUCAAACCUCCGAUGCCGCUCAGAUCACUGACCAACUCAGAGCGGUCUCUCUCGAUAUAGAUCGCCGGGCGAGGACAGACGAACGGAAGGAGAUUUUGUCGUGGAUAAGCUCCCAAAGCUUUGCUGCAAAACAUCAGGACUUGCUUGCCAUACGCUGCGAAGGAACCUGCGAGUGGUUCUUCAAAGAGCCCUUAUUCAAGUCAUGGAAACAAGGAUCUGUCAACUUUCUAUGGUGCUAUGGUAUUCCUGGCGCAGGGAAAACGGUGUUAACAUCGGCAAUCAUAGAACAUCUGAAAGAGACAUUAAAAAGUUCAGAUGUCGGCAUCGCAUACAUCUACUGCGAGUACCACAAGCAAAACCAACUCACAACCAAAAGUUUGAUCUCGAGUAUUCUGCACCAAUUGCUGGUCCCAAAGGAACGAAUUCCACCUGGAGUAGAAUUGGAAUACCGCAGCCACAGUCGUGGCCACACAGAGCUUACCCUGAAAGAGUGCGUCAAACUGUUAAAGGAAGAGGUCCGAUCUUUUUCAAGAGUUUUCAUAGUAGUUGAUGCGUUGGACGAAUACUCCAACCAAACAGGCGACAGCUAUGACCUUAUUGACGAGCUCAGGAACCUCUCACCCAGUGUCUCCGUUCUCGUAACCUCUCGAAAGAUGCUUACUCUUGAGAACGAUUUCACCGGCGAAGCUGCUUUGGAGGUAAGGGCAAGGGAUGAAGAUAUCAAGGCUUAUGUCCGUCAACGGAUUUCACGGACUAGAAGGCUACGCUCUAGCAUUCGGGUUGAUCCAAAACUCCAGGAGCGUAUUGAGUCUGCUGUUGGAGGCUCUGCGAGUGGAAUGUUUCUAUUGCCGCAACUACACAUGGACGCCGUAAGUCUGGCACACAGCGUGGAGGACGUCAUACAAACACUGGACACUUUACCCCACGGUCUCGAAGUCUCAUAUCAACGGGCACUUCAGCGAAUACGCGACCAGGUCCCAAAGGAUGCCGAAUUGGCCUUCCGAAUUCUGUCGUGGCUUUCUCACGCCCUUCGGCCCUUGAAACUCGAAGAGCUGCAGCAUGGGUUUGCUGUCCAGACAGGCCAAGGAGAAUUCCCCAGAACUCGAAUCAUUGACGCUGAGAUCCUCAUUGAAGUGUGCUGUGGAAUUGUAACAAUCGAGGCUAGCAACCGUGCAAUACGCAUGGUGCAUUUUACAGCCCAGGAAUACUUCCAAAGUGUGAAAGACCAACUUUUCCCUCUUGGGAAUCUAGACAUGGCCAUUUCUUGCGUCAGCUACCUUUCACUCGGUGAGUUCGAACUUGGGCCAUGUCAGACCGAUGGAUCCCUGGACGUACGCCUAGAGUCCUACCCGCUACUCACAUACGCUGCUACCUUCUGGGGCUGUCAUGCGAAACACCACGAUGGAGAUGAGGAUCUGUUCUCGUCGAUCCUAUCUUUUCUGGACUCUAAGUCCAAAACAGCGACCUCCGUCCAGGCGAGGAACGCUGAUGGUCAUAUCCGCCACAAGGAUCGAUUCGAUUGUUUUGAAAAGGACGUAAGUGCCAUACAACUGGCAGCUUAUUUUGGACUUGGAAAGAUAUGUUCAAAGCUCCUCCGUGAUGAAGGUAGGAUAUACAGCGUUCUCUCCCAGGAUUCCAUCGGACGAACAGCAUUUUCCAACGCAGUUGCUCAAGGCCAUGAAUCUAUAGUCAGAUUGUUCCUCGAUGCUGGCAUGGAUAGAUUGCUCUCUGGAAGUCACGGUGCACUUGCCUUGGUACACGGCGCGAGGAACGGACAAAACUCCGUUAUCCAGGAACUGAUCGAAUGGGGCGCGCCAGCGAACGGAUUUGGAUCCUGGAAAGGGGUUCCCUUACAAGCAGCGGCAAGAUCUGGCCGCACAGAGACCAUUCAGAUCCUUCUGAAAGGAGGUGCUAAGAUUGAUCAACAAGGACCUUCCGGAGUCACUGCAUUACAUUGUGCUGCGACGAGUGGUGCACUUCGAGCAACGGAAUGCCUCAUAGAAGCUGGAGCUAACAAAAAUGCUAAGGACAAGCUCGGCGCCACGCCACUGCACAUCGCAGCUGCCAAAGGGCAUGUCAAAAUACUGGAUGCGCUUUUAGAUGCAGGAGCAAGCGUGAAUGAGAAGAACGAUCUGGGUGAGACCGCGUUAAUGCACGCUGCGUCCCUUGGAGAGCUCGACGCUGUGAAGUUGCUUCUUCGUCGCGGCGCUGACAUUCAUCUAUCGAGCAACAAUGGCUCCCAAGUUAUCCAUUUUGCCAGCAAAGUCGUCAAGCUUCAAAGGCUUAUCAACCAACAGCGGCGUGGAGUCGAGCUCGAAGACAACCUGUUAGCCCAGGCUCAGGAUGGCUACGAAGAACUGGUGACAACACUGAUCGAAGCGGGAGCCGACGUGGAAAGCGCCCCCUUGGACGGAGAUACUCCUCUUAUUGCUCUUGUACGGGUCAGUCUGCCUCAUGCUGUAGCCGUUUUACUGAGGCAUGGAGUCGACCCUAACAGUCCGAGCGGCGAUCUUAUGACACCCUUACAUAUGGCUGCCAUAUCCUCUUGCGACGAGAGUGCAAAAGUUCUCAUCUCAUACGGAGCAAAUGUUGGAGCUACCGACAAGAUAAAGGCGACACCACUUCACUAUGCUGUAAAAAUGCGCUGCAGCAAGCUCGUGAGCUUACUAUUGGACGGCGGUGCGAAUCCAGAUGCGAAGGAUAGCCAGGGCACAACUGCACUUCAUUGGGCCGGGAACUGGGCGCAGGUACCUGAAUCCCUGCCAGGCCUCCAGGAGAUGCUAGAAGAAAGACUUCCAAGUCUCCUUGAAGCUGUUGGCUUGCUCCUUAGAAGAGGAGCCGAUGUGAACGCGAUGGAUGACGAAGGCACAACCCCUCUCAUGCGAGCGGUGGCGGGCCAGCAGAUGGAGCUUGUAGAAUAUCUUCUGUCGUGUGGUGCAGAUCCUCAGCACAAGCAAAAUGACGGCGAAACUGCUCUUAUAUGGGCUGCCGCGACUGGGGACAGCAAAAUGGUCCAGACAUUGUUGCGGUAUGGGGCCGAUGUUGCAUCUCGGGACUCCAAAGGGAUGACACCAUUGCACCACGGCUGUGUCGCGGGCGAUCGAUCGACUGUAAUUGCGCUCUUGCAACAUCAUGCUGAUAUUCAAGCACGAGACGAGAUGGGCCUUACACCGCUUCAUAGGGCGGCCAUGGUCGGGCACGUAGAGAUUGUCGAGGCUCUCCAAACACGGCUGCCAAAUGUCGACCCCCCGGACAACGAGGGCCGAACUCCAUUAUUUUGGUGCGCCAAUAUCUUAGCCUUCGAAAAACUCAGGAAGACCAUGAAGGCGUCAGAGCAGAUUGCACCCGAAACUCUCUCCUGUGCCAUCAAAUUCUGGAUCGCCUACAGAACCACCGCAUCCAUACUAAUUCAACACGGAGCUGACGUGAAUAACUAUGAUGCCACCAACGGAACCGUCCUGCAAAUUGCCGCGUUGGCUGGACAUUGGGGCAUCGUCAGAUUGCUUGUGACUGGUGGCGCGGAUGUAAAUGUGAAGGGAGGAUUCAAGGCAACAGACACGAUAGUUGACUUACUCAGAAGCCAUUCUCAAGAUACGGUAGGCUCUAUGUCAAGCAGGGAAUGGGCGGGCCUGCUUGAGACAGCAGAGGGUGGAGACCGAUUAGAAGAUGUGAUAUUGUUGGUAGAGAGCAAAGUGCGGGAAAUUGGUACAUUACCUCUGAAGGACACAUGGGUCUCACUGACUGGCAAGCCACGUCUCAUGGACACUGGUCGCGGGAUCUGGCGUACGUACUCGGGACCGGCGUACCAACAGAAAAACGUCGACUCUUGGAGCGAGCGAGAAAUGGUGAAGCCUUAUGUGACCGAGCUUGCCCGAGCUGGAGGUCCCACAAUCUCCGAGGAGGAGGCACGGGCAGAGCUGAAAAGGCAGACGUUUGGUGCUUUGUGGUAUUGGGCGUUCACUCUGACUCUGUCCAAGAUUAUGCCUGAUAUGCAGUCAGAGGAGACGACUCUUCACUUUAUCGGCCGGAUCACCUCGCUGAUGGAUGACCAUAAUGCUCUUGAUUCGUUCCAGGGCAUAUAG